AACCGGGACCCGUCAGUCCGCAGGCCGAUACUCUAUUCAUUGAACCAAACCGGCUAGGCCAGGCUGCUCUCUUUAAUCCCGAGGGGAAUCUGACCAGAUAAGGGCGGGCGCCGGGACUUCCGGUCCCCGGAUCUGGCUGUUUGCGGAGCUUGCAUAGGAGACUCCCCCACAGGGUCCUCGGUAUCGCAUCCCCUCUGUACCCCCUUCCCUGCGGGGCAUAUGUGAGGGGUAGGGUGUCCAGUAAAAGGAAACAGGAAGAAUGGGCAGGAGAGAGGAAAGAGUCCCUGCAGGAGCCUGGUAGCAGAGCUGGGCCUGGAACUCAGCCCGGAAGGCACUCUUCAGCCGGGAGUCAGCGACAUCCGACAUCGGCUGUGGGAAGCCAGAGAAUAUGACUGGGAUGGUGGAGACCAAGGACCUAGCGCAGCUGCGGCAGCUCAACCUGGAGCUUCUGAGGCAGCUGUGGGUUGGGCAGGAUGCCAUGCGGCGGUUGGUGGCCAAGGCAGCCUCAGAGUCAAGCCUGGACUCCAGCAGCAGCUGUGACUCCGAGAUGCCAUUGUCCCCAAAGACGCCUUCAAUGGCCCAGAGAACCUCCUCUCCACGGGAUGCCAACCAAGGUGACUCCUGCGACAUGUCCUCUCUUGGGGCCAGCUCGGGGGUGCUCUCUCUCCCACCUGUCAGGGAGCCCCGGAGCCCGCUGAGGCCCCGCGGGGCACCGUUGCUGGCCACCUCAGACUCGAGUGACUCAGAGCGAUCAGCAGCGCUGGAGGCGCAGGCACCGAGGUCCAUCCAGGAUCAACUGAGAAAGCUGCCCAAGCUAAGAGUGACCUUCAACAAGGAGUCUCCAGUGCCUGAGAGGAGCUGGCGCCUCAGACCCUACCUGGGCUAUGACUGGAUUGCAGGGUCUCUGGACAACAGCUCACCCAUCAGCAGCAAGCCCGAGGCCUUCUUCUCGAAGCUGCAGGAGUUCCGGGAGACCCACAAGGAGGAGUGUAUUCACAGUGAGCCCGAACCCCAGUUCCCAGGCCGGCGGGAGAGCGACAGUGCCCAGGAAGACCACGAAUGUGUGUACUGUUACCGUGUCAACCGGCGUCUGUUCCUGGUGCCUUCGGACCCUGGCACCCCCUGCCGCCUGUGCAGGACACCCCGGGACCAGCGGGGCCCUACGACACUGGCAGACCCAGCGCAGGUCCGGGUGAGCAUCCCACAGUCCAUCCUGGACCCACCCCACCGCUACCGCAUCCACCGGCGGAAGAGCUUCGACGCCUCCGAUAUGCUGUCCCUGCCCCGGCACUGUCUGCUGGGCUGGGACAUUCUCCCUCCAAAACCCGAGAAAAGCUCCGGCCCCCAGAGCUUGGACCUCUGGUCCUGUGUCACCUCCGAGGCCCAGCACCAGCCGCUGUCGGCCGGCCCUUCCCACCUGGCCCAGUCAGUACGCGUCCCGUCCCCCACCCCGAUCUGGUCAGAACCCCAGGCGCCCCAGCCCCGCCCGCGCACCCUGGUGGACGACCUGAGGACUGGCCACUUGGAGGACAGUGUUCCUGCCAUCGCCUCCAGCCUCUUCCCUCUGGCAGGCGUACCCAUGGGGGUGCCCAUGAGAAGGGAGCCCUGCCCGGCCUCAGCUAGAGGUGGACUCAGGCCCCACCCUCCUAGGUGGGGCCGGUGGGUAGGCCCAGGCCUGUCCCCUUCCUGGGCUCAGAAGGGGUGACGGGUGGGAGGCCAGGGCGUUCUGUCUGCUGUGUUUGGAAAUAAAGCUCAGUGCUGUCUGCCCCCCC